GUUUUUCUGAUAAGAACUGUCAUCGAAUGAGUUGCAUUUGCGUAACAUGAAAAGGAACGUGUUGUGCGUUCCAUUUUUCGUUGUACAAAGUUUUUUAUAACGCACUUAUAUUUGGAUCAGACACAAAUCAGCAGUAUUUAAGUGUAACUCUACCUGCAUUUGCAGUUUAUUGUAACAUUUAAUAUACCUAGAAAAUAACUUUAAAUCAAAUGUCGUAUUAUUUUCGGUCCAAAUAAAUAUACUUCUUAAUAAAAUCAUACCAAAACGCAAAAAAAUACCGUUGAAUCCCGCGCUUUGCUAGCCACAGCAUGUUCCAACAAGUUCAGGUAACUUCAAAAACAAACAAGCAAGAGAAUGGGUGCAAAGUAAGUCAGUUAUUUUGUUAAAAUAUGGAUUCUCCCAUAUGUUUGUCACAAUAUUUUGUUAAUAAACAAAACACGCGGUCUUAUAAAAAUAUAUUUCCAACUAACAUUUUAAAAAGUGAAGAAAUUACGCCUUUCCUUGAACAUUUACUUGAAGAAACGUCGUUGGUAAGUGAGAUACCACAAGAUUUUUGUAAAAUUUUGUCAAAGCUAAGGAUUAAUUUACGCACUGGAGCGAAGGAAGAUUUCAGAAAUGGUUUUUCUGAAAUAAAAAGGGAUGAUACUUUAUGCCCAUUGAAUAAAACUGAUAUUUAUAAUUGUUGCUUGAAUGAGCUCUAUAAAAUUGUGCCACGGGAGAUUUUUGGCGGGAAUUAUAAUUCAAAGAUAUUCAAAAAAGUUGUGCGAAAUAUUAUCUGUAGCAUGAAGCGACAGCACAUCGUAUUUUCGAAAAUGACCGAAAAAUGGGAUUUCUCGGCACACCCAUGGAAUUCUAUCCCGAAAGAUAUAUCAAGAAAUAUUUUAAAUAAAAUUCUGCAUUGGCUGGUUAAGCACGUUCUUUCAGCUAUGAUUUGUCUAAAUUUCUAUGUAACAACAUGCAAAUUAGAUGCAGAUGAAAAUAAACUACAUUUCUUCUGGAAAAAUCAAUGGCAGAGUUUUUAUGACAAGCAAAUAUCUAACAUGGUAUUUAAGAAAGUUUUGAAAAGGUUUGAACCUUAUUGUUUGGGUAAAAAAACUAAGCGAAGUCUUAGCGUGAGCGAGAGGUUGAGAAUAAAGUCCUUUAGAAAAGAUAUUCCAAAAUUACAUUUGGUGUUAAAACCAAACAGUGACUGUCGGCCCAUAGUACGGUACAAAAGUGACCAAGGUUCUGCCGAGAAAUAUAAAUUAAAGGUAAGAUUAAACUUUCUAAAAAUAAUAACUGGGAGACCCCACGAGAAAAUUGAAUCCAAAUUCAAUUUGAUUUACCAACAAUGGAUACAACUGAAAAAACCAAAACUUUAUUUCAUUAAGACAGAUUUGAGCAAUGCUUUUGGGUCUAUAAAUAGAGAUAAACUUAUGAAGAUUUUUGCUCAAAAACAUUUACAGUAUCAGAAAACUGAGAAAAGUAUGUAUUUGAAACAAAAGAUGGCUCAGCAGUAUAAAGAAAUUGUUACAGAACUAAGGAAACCAUUGUUAGUUCGUGCUGGCAACACACUGUAUGAAUGGACUGAGGGUUUAGUUCAGGGAUAUAAGUAUUCUCCUGCUUUAUCUGAACUUUAUUAUUCCUACUUGGAUGAUCUAUAUUUUUCCCAACAUCUGACUAAAAGUGAAAAGUCAGAAGUUCGACUUUUCAUAAGAGUAGUUGAUGACUACUUGUACAUAACAAAUUCCAUAGAAGAUGCUCAAUUGUUUCUCGAGGCGCUCUCAAAUUACAGGAAUGUAAACUAUGAGAAAACUGUAGUAAACUUCGAACACGAAAAGAUAAAAGUUUGUGACGAAAUUACAUUUCUUGGAUAUAAAUAUGAAACAAAGACUUUACAAGUUAGUAGAGCUUCCAAUGUUUAUACUGGUCAGAUGUGUUAUAAGAUAGCAUUUUCCAGUGCUUUGGAAAAUCUUACAAAAUUCAUGGAAAACAGAAUUGGACAGUCGGGAAUUCAAAUCAACAGUCAUAUUUUCAAUUUCUUUUACAACUCUGAAGAAAUUAUAUGGAAACAUAUCUUUACGACUUUCUGUCUGUCGGCUAAUAAAUUUUGCACCAUUAUGGCUGUAUUAUGUGAACAGGAAGAAAUGAGGAGAUAUUUUAAUUUAUACAAAAAGAGAGUUACUGUAAAACUCAGUAACUCUAUUAUAGAAACUUUGAUCAAGAACAAGCCUGCAGAGUUCAUGUUUAUGUAUUGCAUAAAUCACUUUAGAUAUUUGUCGUUCAAAGCGCUUUACCUGUGCGCGAGAAAAACUCCGAAAUGCAGUGGGCUGGUUCCCCUAAUAAACGAUGAAAUGGCGAAAUCUAAUUGUCUAUUUGGAAAAUGGCAGGAGCAUGCUUGUAGGAUGGAGACAAAUGGCGAAAUUCGAAGAAUCGCAAUCAAACAAAUAUGUAGACGAACAGAUUUAAGAGUAAUUAUGAAAACGUUUGAUAAUCUGCCAGAAGGUUUUCAGUGCUACAAUCACAAACGAUUGAUGUAACUUUUUGUAAAUAAAAUAAAACAUUCG